GCCCUUGAAGGUCCUCCCAGGGGGGCUUCCUCCGGAUAAGUUACGCGUAUUCCGCAAUAAGGCUUUCCCCCACUGACUCAUACCCCAGGCUAGCCCAUACCCCAGGCAAGCGGUAGGCCGCCUCACGUGGAUGUCUUGACGACAUGGCAGCCGCCCAUUGUGGCUGGGACUGGGCUGCUGGCAUUAAGGAUGCCCAUUUCGCUGCGCCGACAUUUUCGCCCGCUCUCUCUAGUUUUCGGCUGCUCUCUUGGGCAAUGGCCAGAAAUUCCAUAUCUCUUCUCCGGCGGUCAUCUCGGAAGUAUAGCUCACAGCUCACAGCCCUCAGCCCUCAGCCCUCAGCAAUCAGAUAGGAUGCGCUCCAGGCACGUACUGUACCACCAAGCCCUCCAGACUGUAAUGCAAUUAUCAGACACCCGAGCUACCCUGCUGUGUCAACAGGUUGCGAGCACGCCAUGCCAACGCCCCCAACCCCCCCUCCCACCGAGAAAAGGACUUCGGUCUCGUUCUCCAAAGUGAUAACUUGCUGUAGAAACGAAUCACUCCUUUCAACACCAGAGAGACAACUUGUACACUAAACUCCUUGUGUCUCCUUAUUACGUCUUUUUCUUAUCAAAAGAGAGUCUAGGGAGACAGGGCCGGAUGCGAAAAGGACCAUGAAACUAUAUGUUAUAUCCUUAUAUGGGUGGUUCCUCUUCUGUGAGUUGGAGACUAGCCUGGUUGGCCACCUGGUGUGCAAAUGCUUCGGCUUCUGAGGCCUCAUGAUUUAUUUGAUGCUAGCUCUAUGCCUGCUCCUCUACUAUUAUGAUGGUAAGUGCUUCCCUAUUCAGUACACGUCGCUAAAAUUCUCUACCUUGUUGGACCUGGUGAAACAUGUUUCAAGGCACGUGUUCCUGACUUACCGUACCAAGAGCUUGUGGUACAGUUUGUUUCAAGCUUAACAGAGAUCUUUGCUUAAUAGAAGCUCCUACAGCUCGCCAAAGAAAAGAAUGUUAGGGGCAUUCGCAUACUCGAAGGCGAUCAGGACCUAGGUGACAUCGUCACAUCCCCGCUUGGGCGACCAUUUCAAACUUUUUUCUCAUUAUCAGAGCUCAUGGAUAUUCUCCAUGACAUUGUCAAAACGCCUCCCUCCUGAUACAUGAAAGUAAACAUUCCUCACCGUGAUGUUAGCCCGCAGAAUAAUAUCAGGGCUCCCCACAACAAUCAAGACUUUGAUGCUUGCACUGCAAUGCUCAUUGGCCGAGAUCUUGCACUUGAUUUUUCGAAUUUGCCAGAAGAGCGACGACUUGUAGGCUCAGAGGAAUCAUGGCUGUCGGUAUCCUCGGUCGUGGUGAUCAUAACAACCGACAUGACCUCGAGUCCGUAUUUACGUCUUCUUAUGGAUGGCGAUCUGCCAUGAUGGAGCCACCAUCGAACAUGUCCCGGACGCGAGUCUUCUUCAGAAGUGGCACCUCAUGGACUUUUUGGCCUCCUUCCACCGCAAAUUAAAGGACAUGCAACCCACAGAGUUUUCGACAUUAAUUCAUGAAGAGUUCUGUGAACCCUUCGAAUUAUACCUGCCUUCGGCAAUGACCAUUCAUCAACUGUUGUUUCCAGUCUGGAACGGCUGGAUCUUUAUCGGCACUGACCACGAGCCUGGAUCCAAGGAACAACGGUACGCAGAAUGAUAGCCACAUUUCGACAGCUAAUAUAAACUAAGGAGUGCUUCAAAAAAUCAGGACGACUAGGUUCACAUAUUAAAAGGAAGCGACUUUGAAAUUACCGCGUGUCCGGCUUACACUCUGCAAGCUUUCUAGUGGAUAAAUCUUCUCUCAAUGUUCGAUGCCUUUCAUCAUAUCCAAAACGCUAUAUUACUUAUCUUUAGGCUUGAUCGUAAGUAGGUGGCAAAUUUUCAUCAGCAUCGUAUUGUUUUAAUGAUCUUCAAUGGUAAGACUGGAUUGAGCCUUUUAGCACCAGUGUACAGCACAGCACAAUGCGGAUUUGGUGGCCCAUCCUAGCGAUGAGGUACAGUCUCCAACUUUACGUCGAGGUCGUUAUUCGUUCGUGUUACGAAGCAAUAGAUAGAAUUUGGAAAAGAUAUGGC